AUGGCAGAAGGCAGUGAGAAGGCGGGAACUUUGUUCUAUUUAUUUCUACUGCAAUUUUCGGCAUCUUCUUUGGAGGAUAUCAAGCUUUUUAGCUGACACACUUUCUCAUCAAAGUGUAAUGCCUCACGAAUCUUGUCUUAGACACGUCUACUUAUUCCAAGUGAUACAACUGUAUAAAGUAGUGUACGUGGUCACGAUAUUUGAGCCAUUUAUUUGUCAUGAAUCGAAAAAGGACGAGGCUGUCUCUCUCCCGAAGAAAGAAGACAAAAAUCAGUGGAGUGGAAGACAUGAAGAGUGAGUUGUGCGCCCGAGAUGGAAACUCUGAAAUUGUAGUCUUUUCUCCAGAUGAAAAUCCAGUUAUUGAAUCAAAGCAGAACCACACUGAGGCAAAAGAUUCUCAAAGCAACAAAAAAAUCAAGUUAUCAGGCAAAACAAAAGAAACAACAGGAGUUAAUUGCAUGGAUAACAAUAAUGGGAACCCAGCAAAUAAGAGAACAGUGACAUGGUUUCUGAAACCAUGCAGUCCAAAAUCAGUUUCUUGUCCAUUGUGUGGAAAACUUGCAAUUCUUUCCAAGAUAAACCAACAUUUAGACAGCAACUGUAAACUGCACUUAGCUCUACUUAUAGCUGAAGACUGUACAGCUAAUGAACUUGCUGGAGCACACAGUUGUUCUCCAUGCAGUUCAGACUACUCAGCAAAAGAGGUACUAAAGCCAAGUUACCAGAAUGCAGACAGGAUAGAAAAUAGAUCAGAAUGUUACAAACCCUGUGUGAAAAGUCCAGAAUCAAGAGAUGAAAAUUUAGCCCUUGAGGGUGUUUCUUCUAUCUUAAAACCUGCAAAUGAAAGAAAUGAUUUUAUCCUCUUGAAGAAAAUGUCACGGAAGAUGGAUAGUAAGAAACAAAGUCCUUUUGCCAUGGAUGAAGAAAGCUGCAUUGAAUCCAGUAGUGAUUGUGAUCAAGGUACUGCAUGUCAGGAACCAUGUGAUACAUUUGCAACUCUUUCUAGGGAAGGAAAAUCAAUUCACAAUGAUGGCAAUGAUCCAAAUGAAGUUCAAGCAUCUAACAUAAACUUAACAGAAGAUGUUUCUGAAAAUUCCAAGGAGAAAGAAGACAAAGACCAUGAACCAUACUACUUAGCUAAUUUUAAACUUGUAGUGAACAAUGUCUUGUCAAACAAGGAUGACAGGCAGUUGUUCAAUGAAGAAGAUAAUGGUAUAAUUGAUGCUUUCAAUGUCAUGUCUUCAGAGGAGCAGAAGCUGUAUAUCCGUCUUUUCCAGCGUAAACAUGGAUGGUUUAGGUGCAGCAAACUGGAAUAUCCGAGGAUCAGUAACAAUCUGACACCAAUUUUAAAGUCUCUUGCAGAGAAAGGUUAAAUCUCUUAUUUGUUUGUUGUAAAGUCAGAAUUUAAGGUAUGCAUAGUCAGAGACCAUUGGUGUAAGCCAAGCAGCAGGGGGAAAUUUUGUAAGGGCAAGGUGAAUGGCAGGAGUACAAGGCCUGGGUGGGAUAUUGGGGGAGGGGGGCCCUGGGGGGUGGAGUAGUAGAAAAGUGUUGAUAGGGAUUAGAGAGGAAGAGAGGCUGACAAACAAACGCAGGACCUUAGGGUACAUGUAUGCUUUUAUAGUAAAAGUUUUCCCCAAGGGGCUUCAAAGUGUUGACAUUGACCUCAAUUUGAAUUAGCUCCCUUCUACAGUACCUCUCAGUUAUGCUGUAGGAUCCAUUGACUUACUCAAUACCCUUUCCAGCAAAAUGUUAACCACAGGAAAACCUCUGUCCAAAUCAGGCACCUACAUGUAACUUAUAGAUACUUUCAUUCAUGGGAACAAGUAUGAUCCCUUUGUCCUGUUAUCCACUAUUGUUACCCACUCUGUAACAUUACUGAGUUAAGCUCUUUUCAGUCCCAUUAAUUGAAAUAAAAUAACAAGUUCAAAAGAAACAUGUAGAGAAUUACCAUCCCCCUUUUGCCUUAAAGGUUUUUUAGAAGAUGAAAGUCAUCUCAGAGAUCUCCAAGUGGCAUUAAAUCUUUCAGCAGCUCCAGACUUAAAACUUUUGGUCAAAACUCUUCAUAUUUCAUCAAAAUCUGUUGGCCAGAAGGGGGGAACCAAGGAAGACACAAUAGAAAUGAUUGUUAACCAUGCCGAGAACCAAAAGACACUCUUUGGAAGUUUUAAAGCUGUUGUUUUGAAGAGGUAAGAAUUUGACUAUCAAAUGAGAAUUCAUUCAAUGGUAGUUUGAACAUUUACAUGUUUGUGUAGUUUACUCAGGAGGUGUAGAGAUGGCUAAGAGAUCAAUUUUUAGCAGCAAGCUGUGUGUUUCUGUCCAUCAUUUUAUUUGACUUUCCAGUGAUCUGAUUGGUAAUCACUCAUAAUAAAUUACAUGUACUGGUAUGCAGCAAUAAAAGCCAAAGUAUGUUAACUCUAUAUGUAGUCUUUUUUUUGAAGUUUUGUUUUGUCAUUCAUUUAUUUUCUGUAGGGUUAAGCAAGCCCUUGGUUGUUGUGUGAGACUGGCAGCUUAUCCCAAAGAUGUGUUCAGCAGACUUCUUCUGUUGUUUACUAUGAAUGUUAUCCCAGAUGAUGAAGACUCCUCAAACAAUGGACAGGCACAGCAAUUGUAAGAAUCUUUCGCUAUCUGAUACCAGUUUUUGAGAUUCAUGAAGAAAAUGGUGAGAGCUUGAAAAAGCUUUGCAAUUUUAUUACACAAAAAUUUCACAGUUUUUACUCACUGUAACUGAUCUAACUGAUCUAUACAGGGCCUUGUUUAAAUAACAAAUCUUAAUGCCACACAAACCUGAGUAUACAUGAAUGUCACCAGUAUUUAUCAGUUGUUACUUGCUGUUUUCCAAUGCUCUACAAUGUACAUGUACAUCUGAUUUUCAGGUCAACACUCUACCUUGCUAAUAUUGGUAAAGUUGUCUACCCAGCAUAUGUGAUUGACAGACCAACACCAGUUUUUCACUCUCGAGAUAGCCUCAUCCAAUUCUCUGAAGCAUAUCAGCAUAAGUAUGAGAUGCUUGUAGCACUUGAAAAUAAGAACUUUGAACAAGCCUAUAUUUACUAUCCAGAAGCUUCAAAGAAAUUUGAUGAUAUUCUGGCCAAGCUGAAAAAUUGUUCAGAAAUCUCUGCUGCACUCCUCCCAGGCCACUUGCGAUGCUUCACUGCUGAGUGGGCCAUCACUAAGAUGUGUUAUUAUGGAGUGGAAGUGUUACAGAAAUGGCGAAAGUAUGAUGAGGCUGUCAAUCAACUUGAAAGUCUACUUCAACAAGACAUAUUUUGCUUUGAUUCGCGUGGACGGUGGUAUGAUAGACUGGCACUGAAUUUGCAUCAGCACUUAAAACAACCUGAAAAGGUGAGUCCUCGUUAAUUUUUUUCUUAAGUUUUGAAAGAUUAAAGAAAGAAAAGUGAACUAUGGCCAAAGACAAUGUUUUUAAUAUAUGAUAUAAAUUUAAGGGUUGCAUAUCCAUGGAUGUGCCACCUGUUCAUUUAUCCAGGCUGAUCUGUGACUUACCUUGAGACCCUUUACACCUUGAUAUCAGUACCUAUAUUCUCCACACUGUUCUCUAUACAUUUCUAACUGUACUAAUGAAGAGAAUGUGCUUAAUAAUCAAGAGCUCCCUGACCUGACAAUCCUUUCAUUAUGUUUGAUUCAGCAGUUUUACUGUGAGAAGAAAUACAUGUAGAUGUUAGUCACUCUAUGGGGUCAAAGGCUAAUAUCAGAGUUUUGCUAUUUUACUCAAAGGCUAUGCAGGUCAUCCGGGAAGCCCUUCUAGACCCACAUGUUCGGUUUGGGCAUCAUCUUGCCCUGAUACAGAGAGCCAAGCGCAUCCUCUCUUCCCCAGCAUUUACCAAAGGGAAGAAGAAAAAAUGUGAAGAUUAUGGAGACCUGGAGUUAAUAGAACCAGACUCAUCUAAGAGUGUAAGUCUUAGUUGUUACUUAAAUUUUGUCAUUGGUUUUGAUAUUUAAAAAUACAAUGGACUUGAGUUUGAGGUGGCUUGUUCAACAGUAGAAUAGUUUAUCUGUAUUUCUUUUUACUCAUCCCUACAGAUCACUAUAUCUGGGACAAGAUGUGCAGAACUUGGAGUCUUCAUUGCUCCUGAGAUUGAUCAAGAUGGCCAAGUAAUUGAUGGUACAACAACCUUCUGUGCAGUGGAGGAAUAUGCCUUGUCAUAUUAUCGCCAGAAGGGAUUUGACCAAGGAAUCCAUGGAGAAGGAUCCACUUUCUCAUCACUUUACAUCUUAUACAUGUGGGACAUCAUAUUUGCAAGUGGAAUUCCAGAUGUUUUUCGAAGUCCAUUCCAAGUAUGAAACUUGCUGACUUUAAAAUGUCCUGUGGUCAUUUUCUGACAUUUUUUGUGUACAGUGUAAAGCACUUUUAGUAAUAUUCACCGCCAUAUUUUUAUUUGGUUUUUAUUUGCUCUGAUUAGUGAUUAAUUAGUAUCUGUUUGGUUUUUUUUUGAGGCUGCUCCCCUUGACUUCUGUUAUGAUGCAUUUUACGAAAGUCGCAAAGAAAUUAUUGACAAGAGGCUGGAGGAAAUCUCAAUAACGUCAGUUGAGGUAAAUGUGAUUGAUAAUGCAUGAAAUCUUUCUUUGUGUUGUCUACAUGUACACAAAACGUAAUGAUUAUUAUGUUAAGUGGUCAAUCAAAUAUGGUCAGUUUAAGGCAAAAGAUUUAUUUACACCAAGUUUUUCGAUAUAUGUAUAUUUUGUGACAGAAACUUCAGGACAUUCUGUCCAAAGCUUGGAAUGAUUACGAAGGGCAGGUUUGUGCAGGCAUAAGCUGGGAUCGAUUCACAAGUGUGGAGCAAGCAAAAGUAAGUGGGUGGUUUUGAGAAGUUUCGCAUGUGAAAUUACUUGUGUAUUCCUUUUUAAGAAUUUUUUAGUUGUUUAAUUUGUUGUUGGGUGUUGGUUGGUCACAUAUGUGAAUGGGAAUACCUUCAAGUUGAACUAACGUUACGUCAGGUCCAGGGCAUUAAUGUUUGACGAUAAACAUUGUAAAAAUACACAAUAACUUGUGGUUUUUCUUUCUGUAGCAACUCGUAGCCUGCCUGGGUGGUCAGAUAAUGUCUGGGAUCUUCACUCGGUUUGCUCAAGGAUACCGCUAUUGUCGCGCUGGUAUGCCUGAUCUGGUCGUAUGGAAUUCAUCCACUCUUGAUUACAUGGUAACUUAGUUCGUCUUUCAAAUAAACUGCUUUUGUUUGAGUAUUGGAAGACCAGAAACAAAACCUGAUUACACCGGCUCGGGUGAACGAAGGAGAACGUCACAGGAUACCCAAUAAGGACACGAAAAGAUUUCAAGCGUGACGAAUGUUGCGAAUAACAGCGACAAUAACAGAGAAAGACGUCUUUCGUCUUGUCACGAGCGUGGAACAAUAAAAAAAUUCUGAGUCCCCAUGAAUGAGGAAUCGAACCUCAGACCUUCAGAUUCAUCUCUACCACUGAGCUACAGAGACUCCACGGUGAGCUAGGUCUAUUACGAAGUUCAUAUGACACACGUCCUGCAUACUGAUAGGAUCAGCAAUGUCGAUAGCGUCAUGACGCAUCGCAGCGCGGAAUCCGAAGGUUUGAGGUUCGAUUCCUUAUGAGGACUCAGAAUUUUUUCUUUGUCCCACGCUCGUAACAAGACGAUGGCUGAUUUACGAUAUCAACUCAGUUGAUAACACUAAAUUACCCUGUUAUACUCUCCCACCGAUGCAGCUCCACAGUUUCUUUAGAAACUUACCCUCUUUAAUCACUUAGUUAUGUUUGUUUGUAGCUCAUGAAUUUGAUUUGUUGAGAAGGUGGUGCUAUAUCUCUAUACCAAUCACAGAGCGUAGUAAAGCAAAACCAAAACAAUGACGAAUCGCUUUCUUACAGAAUAACAGCUAUGGUGGUGAUUUUUGUAAAUUCUGUAAAGUUCAUCUUGUCUCCAACUUACCCUAAGUGAGCGGAGAUUAUUUUUUUCCUUUGUCUUAACGUCAGAUUUCUGAAGUUAAGGGUCCAGGGGACAAGCUUUCUACCAAGCAAUUAAUCUGGCUGGAUGUUUUACAGUCCCUUGGAGCUAAUGUCGAAGUCUGCUAUGUGACUGGUAUGUCUGUGCUUCCAAAACGAUUUACAUGAAGUCAAGUUAUAUGACAAAUGACUGUCAAGCCAGAGGAUCACCAUCCCAUGAGUAACUUUCGAGCAAAAGAAUUGUCUUGAUAUUACGAAAUCACACAAUUUCAUGCAAACUCGUUUACAGAUAAGCUAGAAAAUAAUGAAUCAGCAUACAACAGUCUCGAGAAAUCAUAGCACUGCAGACGGGGUAACUUGUUCAGAGUGG